AUGGAUCUUCAGACAGACAAGGAGUCAAUCCAGGGGGCUGACAUAUCAAAGUGGACAAUGCAUAGCAAUCGUAACAUAAAAAGCUUCACAGAAGGUGAGAUCAGACGAAUAACAGAGAACUACAAGACUAUUAUCGGGAGAGGUGCAUUUGGAGAAGUUUACAAAGGAGUCCUCGAUGACACGAGUAUGGUAGCAGUGAAGAGGUUAAUCCACAACGUGAAAGAAAACUUUGAUAAAGAACUGGCCGUCCAUCGUGAAAUCAACCACAAGAACGUAGUCAAACUCAUUGGUUAUUGUGCUGGGGCAAAUGCCCUAAUGAUGGUCACCGAGUAUGUGCCUAACGGAAAUCUGUCUGCCAUUCUUCACCGUGAUAACACUCCCAUCCCGUUGGAUAUACGGCUUAGAAUUGCAACACAGUGUGCAGAGGCAUUGGCAUGCAUGCAUUCUUACAAGCAUACUCAAGUCAUUCACGGGGACAUCAAACCUGAUAAUAUACUGCUAGAUUAUGACCUAAAUGCAAAAGUAUCAGACUUCGGAAUAUCAAGGCUGGUGAACACAGACAUGACGCUGUACACAGGCAAUGUAGUGGGCAGCAUAGGUUACAUAGACCCAUUGUUUACUAAGGAUGGACGUGUCACUGCCAAGAGUGAUGUUUAUAGUUUUGGAGUUGUCCUCUUGGAAUUAUUAACUAGGAAGAAGGCAACACCAACGGAUGGACAAGUAAGUGUUGUUGCUGCAUUUGCUGAAGCUCUUGAAAGUGGCCGGAUCAGAGAGGCGAGAAAAUUUCUUGAUUCCGAAUUAGAUCCUUCGAGAAACAAGAAUAUUCUUGAUGAGAUAGGAAAGCUGGCAGCUGAGUGCCUGAAGAUGAAAAGGGAUAAACGUCCUGAGAUGAAACAUGUGGCAGAACGUCUUAGCAAAUCAAUGAAAGCUUCGCUUAAGGGAAAGUUGCGAAAGCACCUGUGCCGCCGCUUCUCAUAUGCAGAGAUGGUGGCCGCAACAAGGAACUUUGAUGAGUCGCAUCUUCUUGGUCAGGGCGGUGUCGGUAGAUUUUACCGUGGAGUGAUAGAUGGUGGAGCAACCAUGGUGGCUGUAGAGUGUUCGUGGCAUGGAUACGAACACGAUCAAUAUGGAGAUUUGUUUCGUUCUUUUGUAGAAAGCAGGUCAAAGCUCAACCACAUCAACAUUGUGCCCCUUAUUGGUUACUGCGAUGAGAAUGACGAGAGGAUCCUGGUGUACACCUACAUUGAUCAUGGAAGCCUACAUGAGCAUCUCUUCGAGACCCAGAACCCACUUACCUGGAAGCAGCGUCUGGAGAUCUGUAUCGGUGUAGCCCGUGGCCUGCACUAUCUUCAAAGAGGUGCCAAGCACCAAGGCCCUAUUUGGUUCGCUCCCGGGCGGAGCUGCCUGAACCUGCCAGGGCUCCAGGUGAGCUGCCUAACAGAAUUCGAAGCAAACACACCCCAACUCAUCAACCAUAACCUGAGGGUGAAUAUUCUUUUGGAUAAGGAGGAAUUGGUGCCCAAAAUUUCAGCUAACAAAAUGGCUGAUCCUGGCUUGGCUGAAUUAGUGGGAUGUAACACUGGCGGUGGUGAUUGUGAUUUCAUUCCCAGUGAUGUUGCCGACUGGUUAACUGAGAAAUUGGGUGUCUAUUCUUUUGGUGCCGUUUUGCUUGAGAUCCUAUGUGCUCGUCCACAUUUUGACCUUAGAGAUCCAGAGGAAACGGUAAAUUUGCAAGUUUGGGCUCGGCGUUGCAAGAGGGAUUUUAAUCGGAUUGACCCCUAUCUAAAGGGGAAAAUUAAUCCACAGUGUUACAACAGGUUCCUCGAAAUUGCUGACAAGUGUCUUGCUCAUCGUUCUUUUGACCGUCCAUCGAUGCAAGACGUGGUUUUGGACCUGGAGUGUGCCCUUCAAUUGCAGGUGAGUGCAGAGGUGAGCGGAAGCUAG